AUGUUCAACUUCGGUAAGAAGCUCUACAAUCUCUUCGCGCCGAGUGCCGACAAAGGCGAAGACGGCCGUGAUGUUUGGGGCUCGCGUAUAUCCUUCAUCUUCGCCGCGAUGGGAGGGGCAGUCGGUCUCGGUAACCUCUUGCGGUUCCCCUCAAUCGUGUUCAACAAUCACGGACUCCAAUUCUUCAUUCCCUAUCUUAUUUCUCUCUCCUGUCUGGCCAUACCAACGUUACUUCUCGAAAUCAGCAUCGGUCAAGCGUACAGAGGAGGCUGCGUCCUUGCGUGGCAUCAUGCCAACAAGCGUGCCAAGGGUGUUGGAUUCGGUGUCGUUUAUAUCGGCUAUGCGAUUGUGAUUUACUACGUUCCGAUAAUCGCCUGGAUAAUGACAUACUUUCGAUACUCUUUUCACAGCCCACUUCCAUGGACGGGACGCAAUACCGAGUUCUUCGAAGGCAGCGUUCUUCAGAAUGUGGAACCUGUCGCUGGAAACUUGACGGCAGAUGGCAACGCGGUCCAAGACUACACGGCUUAUCCAGGAAUGGGCAUGGUCACCGAGACUACCUUGUGGAACCUAUUUACAUGGUUUGUUGUCUGGCUGUGUAUGUUCAAGGGCAUCGGACUUACUGGCCGAGUGGUAUACUUCACAAUGGCGAUGCCAAUCAUCCUUAUGAUCGUUCUUAUUGGACGCGGCUGCUCUCUGCCAAAUGCCAUCGACGGCAUCAGAAUAUAUUGGACUGAGUGGCAUGGGGAGAAGCUUGCCUCGGGCACCAUUUGGCAAGAGGCUUGCGGCCAAGUCUUUUUCAGCACUGGAAUCGGCAUGGGAUACUACACGAGUUACGCUUCCUACAACUCCAAGUACUCGAAUGCAGUCCAAGACGCUCUCAUUAUCUGCAUCUCCAACUCUCUUAUCGAGGUCAUUGGCUCCAUGUCUGUCUUCGGGAUCGUUGGGUACCUCGGCAUGCACCCGGAUACCAGCGAAAGACUGAACACUUUUGUCGUCGGAUUCCUCACAUAUCCGGAGGCCAUCGCCGAGAUGCCUGGUGCAAACUUCUGGGGCGUGCUCUUCUUUGCCACUCUUUUCAUUCUCGGGCUCGGAUCAGCGUUUGCACUCCUGGAGACUUUGGUGACCAUGGUCUGCGAUACAGACUGGGGCAAGAAAUUCUCCCGGCCUUACGUGUCGUCCGUCAUAGUUAUUGCCUCCUUCCUCAUCUCCUUGCCAUUCUGCACAGAGUUUGGAUACGUUCUCGUUGACGCGGCGGAUACAUGGAUCAACUACUUGGCUCUCUUCUGGAUAGGCAAUCAACUGCGCCGAGAUCUUAAUGCCACGAUCGCCAUCGGCGGCCAGUGGAAGAUCCCGGCUAUUUGGGGGUUCGUUCUUAAGUACAACACGGCACCGAUCGUUGCGAUCAUAUUCUCCUUUUCCUACCCAAACUUCUACGCCAAGAACCGGAUGGAUCCGCUGCAUAUUGCUGGGUUUACCUUUAUGCACAUUGUUCUUGUCAGCUCCCUUGUUGGGCUGAUCAUGCCCCGCUGGUUCAACGUUCUCGUUCCUGACCAUAAGAAACUCGAGGGCGACUAUCCCGUCAUGCCUGGCAUUAUCUUUUCGAGAGCCAACGCAGAAGGAACACUAGAUAUUGAUGGGAUGCCACACAACGCUCAUGACAUUACCCUUGAGGCUCGAGGGAUUGGCAGUGGAGGAAACCUGGCGCGAGAGAGAUGCUCGUCCGAGGAAAAGAUUGCCGACAAGCGCCAAUAA